AAAAAUAUUAUAUACAAAUAGUAUAUUGCCAUGCCAAAUGACUACAUUGUUUAAUUUUAAUAAUUAUAACAAAAGUUCUAAAAUAAAUCAAUACUUUGUCUUCAGUAAAAAAGAGUUUUUCUACAAACUCAUUUAAAUUUUACUAAUGACAAAAACAAAAAACAAAACUACUGUGUACGAAAUUGAUUCUUGUCAUGAAAAAAUUAAAUGCCUAACAAAAGAUGUAUGUAACAAACCUAGUUACCGUACAGUGUGCUAUAAACCUAUAGUGGAUAGAAGUCUUCUAACACACAGCAAUUAUCUAAAGAUGCUCUCAACUCCCAGAGGAUUCAAAUGGAUAGAUAUGCCAUUAUACUAUAAAAAAGGGUAUAAUUCAUACAAAUUCCGUAAGCCAGAAAAUCAAAAAUAUAAUAUUUAUGGUCAACAAGAAAUGAAUUAUGGAAAAGCAUGUAAUGCACAAAAUAAAACCACAAAUAAUCAAAAGCAAAGAAAGAUGAAUAAUAAUUAUUAUAAAUCUAAAAAACUACAAAAUCAACAAAAAAAAAAUGAUAAAACCAUGUCAAAUAAUGCCAAUAAAACAAAAAAUAUUAAUAUCAAUAAAUAUGGAAUGGGAGAUGAUUUAAAACAUAAAAAUGAAUCAUUGAUUCAAAAAGAUGAAGAUAGUUCUAGUGAAAAACUAAGAAAAAUAAAAGUUCAGCAAGAAGCAGAUGAUUUUAUGAAAAAAAAACAUCAAUUAUGGUUAAAAGAAGAAAACAAACGUAAAAAAAGAGAGGAAGAAGAAAAUAAAUUUAAAUCUGCUAUACAAGCUAAAGAAAAAGAAAAAGAAGAACAGAAGAAAAAUAUGGAAGAACAAAUCAAAAUGGAAUCAAAACGCAAUAAAGAACAAAGAAAACAAAAAAUUGAAAAUGAAAAGGAAGAUAUAGCACAGGAAAUAGCAAGAAACAAAUUACUAGAAGAGUAUGAUUUAUUAUCAAAAGAAGCCGAAAGGCAACACAGACUUGAAAUACUUAAAGAAGAAGAAGAGAAAGCGUGGAGAAAAAAAAUAAACGAUGAUUUUGCCCUUAAAUUGGGUUGUCCAAUGAAUUCAAGUAUUGUCAAUAAAAGAAGAAAUGAGCAUUCAAUGUGUAAUAAUGGUAAUAAAAGAUUAACUCAAUAUACCAACAAACUCCUUAAAGAAAUAAAACACAACAAUCAAGUUUUUGAUCCAGGAAAUUUAAUGAAACAAAUUAUCAAGAGAGAAUUGAACAAAGCUGAAAACAAAAAAGUAAAACAAAAAAGUCGGAUGAGAUUAUGUGAGCCAUGCAAUAAAAAAAUAAAAAAUAUGAUAAUGAUAAAAACUGAAGAAAAAAAGCAAAAACCAGAUCUGCCAAAAAAAAUAGUAUCAAUUAAGUCUAAAAACUCAAACCAAGUAAAUCAGUUAACAGAGGUAAAAUCAAAUGAACAUUGUAAACUAAACAAACACAAGAAAAUGUUAAAAUGCAAAAUACCCGAUGCACAUUGUUAUAGUAAUACUUCAUUUAACACAUUAGUGUGCAAUUGGAAAAAUGAGGUGGCUGAUAUGAUAGAAAAUAUGAAAAAACAUCGAUAUAACUGUACAAAAUAAUAGGUAUAAUACAUAAUACACAAAAACAUUCAACAUCAUAUUUUAUAUAGU